AUGUCUUCAGAUGAGGACAUCCACAUUUCACCACCACCGAACUUGUUUUCUAGACCUUCAACAUCAAAGUGUGUGCCAGAAGUUAUAGUCAUCGACUCGGAUUCAGAUCCUGAACCAGAACCACCAAAAGUUUCCAAGAAAGAAGAGUUUACAACUCGAGUUCUCCGUUCAAGUAAACGAUCUCUUUCGAACAUUAAAGACAAUUCUGGCCCCAUCGCAGGGCCUUCAAAAAAGCCCAUCCCUCCACUUCUUCCGAUUUCAAUUCUAAAGAAAAAACCAAAACCACCACAACCUGUCAAAGAGAAAGAGAUAUUAAAAAAGAAAAAACCGAAGCCCGAUACAGAAGAUGACGCUUACGAACCUAUUAGAUUGGACCCUUUAGAGCUGUUCGUUGAUAUGGAUCCUCAGCUCAAGGACAAAUGGUAUUUAGCCAGUCUGGAUAGUGAGGCAGAAGCAGCGAGGAUUAAAGUAAGACCCGACUCCUUUUUAGAAGGGACGGGACUUCUGUUGUGGAGCAAGGCAGAGGAGAGUACACUUGUUAGUGUACAAGGAAAGGUGGAGCUAACUCCCCCCGAGGUCCGCUGUCCCCAUGGACUGUAUAUCUGUGAGAUGGCCUUUGCCGCACCUCGGGUCAGAGAUAAAGUGUUCAUCAAUCAUAUCAAGUCACUAACAGCUAUCGCCUGCUGCAAACUGACCGUUGUGUUGUUUGGAUAUAAAGAAUAUUUUAGAACUGCUUGCAAAAGGUAUCCUGUAGUAACAGACUUUGAUAUUGAGACAGUCAUAGGAGAUUUAUUAAUUGACACCAAAUGUGAUGCCUUGAUUAUUGAUGAACCAAGUGAGUUGGUGCAGACGGUACUUCAGUGCAACAAAGGUUUUAUAUCUCAUUACAAAUAUGAACCUACAAAUGCUAUUAGUGAGAAUGCAGAGUUCUUCAUGAAUGGAUUUAAAAAGAGAUGUGUUCCAGUUGAUGAAGAUGGUGUCGGUCUCGCUCGUCUAUGGCAGCAGAUGCUAUCAGUCCUGCCUCUUACAACUUUGGAAACGGCUAGGGCUUUGUGUACCAAAUUCAAAACUCUUAGGACCUUAUACGAGGCUGUUUUUACCACGGCGGGCCUGAAGUCGAUUGCUAAUGUCAACGCGCCCAGGACGAUACUCACAGGAUCACGCGUUAAAAAGCUUGGUCCAGAGAUGGCGGAGAGACUUAUGACUCUUCUUGCUUCGGAGGAUCCUACCGUCGUAGUCAGUUAG